GAGCACGUUCGAGUACAGCGUCAGCCGCCUGGUGGAGGGCCAGAAGCUCGGGCUCGACCUAGUCUUCUCGGCCCAGCAGGUCUCGGGCCUGUACGUUCACGGGGUGAAGGAGGGCGGCCUGGUCGCCGAGACGAACCGGUCCCUGCCGGCGCACGUGCGCCUGCAGCGGGACGACCGCCUGCUGGCCGUGAACGAGACCCGCCUGGAUGGCAUCGACAGCACCAUGCCGGAGUGGCCGGUCCGCGCAGAGGCUGCGGCCCAGGCGUUGUCGUUCUCGUUGCAGGUGACCAUGCAGGUGCGCCGGCCGACCUCCGAGGCCAGCCUGGCGGCGGGCGCGUCCCCGCCGCGCGUCUGCAUGGAGGCGCCGCGGGAGGCCGCGGCCGCCGCGCGAGCGCCGGGCCCGCCGGACCCCCGGGCGCAGGGCAGGGACCCCUGGUCGCAGUCGGGCGGCGCCCAGGCACCGGCACACCCCGGGGCGCAC